UCACAAUUACCCCCCAGCCCGGAACCCCCGCCCCUUUCCCGGAGCUCUCCGCGUGGCCUUUCCGCGCCGGCGCGCCGACCGCGGACCAAUCGCGUGGCGGCUCGGCGGGUGCGCGGCCAAUGAGAAGCGAGCGCAGGGCGCGCCGGCGCGCCGCGAGGGCUGAUCCUCGUGUGGGGCGGCCUCGCCUCGGCCGGGGGCGGCCUCGCCAUGGAGCCCCCGCCGCCGCCUUUCAGCCGCCCCCCCGGCCGCAUGAGGGGGACCCCGGCCCUCAUCCCGUCCUGGGCUCGGGGACAGCCGGGGCUCGGCAGCCCCCGAAGUCCCGGGAGACCCCGGAGCCCCUCGAGCCUCCCCGGAGAGCCUCCGGUACCCUCAGCCUCCGCGGUGCCUCCGGUGUCUCUCUCCUCGCUUUUUUGGAGCCUGGGUUUCGGCACAGAGCCCAGCCCCUCGCUGGAACCGGGGGGUUCACCCCUUGGCCGUGGUGCUGCCAGCGCGGUGAAGGCUGCGGAGGAUUCCCCAGUACGGCCCAGUUCGGCGGUGGGUGCUGGUGAUGGGGAGCUGGUGCUGCCCACGCGUAGGCCGGAUCCUUUACCGAGGCAGAGGGGACGCGCCACCCGCCUGCCCCCCCUGGCAGAGCCACCCCGCUGCUCCUCGCCAAGCCCAGCCUGGGCCCACCCGGCGCCUUGUCCUCUGCGGAGCCCCCCCCGGCCACCAGCAGACAGACACCCGGAGCGAAGCCAGCGGCGAGGGGCACGGCGGUGCCCGUGGGGCUGAACUCGGUGCGGAUCCACUGCCAGAACGAGGCCGUCUACCAGUACCACGUUACCUUCAGCCCUGGCAGGGGGCAGAGGGUGAGGAAGAGGCCGGGGAAGGCGAGCAGAGGCUGGGUGGUGCAGUGCUGCCUCCCCGUGUCCGCAGCCCCGAGGUGGAGUGCAGGAGCGCGCGUUUUGGCAUGCUGAAGGAGCAGCGCUCGGUGACCGGAGACGUGACCGCCUUCGACGGCUCCAUCCUCUUCCUGCCCAUCCUGCUGCCUCAGCCGGUCAGCCUGAAGGCUCAGAGGAGGGUGGACGGGGAGGAGGUCAGCGUCACCAUCCAGCUCACCAAGGUCCUGGAGCCCAGCUCCGACCUCUGCAUCCCCUUCUACAACGUGGUGUUCCGCAGGGUGAUGAGGAUCUUGGACAUGAAGCUGGUGGGGAGAAACUUCUUUGAUCCUUCCCAAGCCAGCAUGUUACAGCAUUACAGGCUGCAGGUUUGGCCGGGCUACUCGGUCAGCAUCCGCCGGAGGGACGGCGGGCUCUUCCUCCAGGUGGACACGGUGCACAAGGUGAUCCGCAGCGACUCCGUCCUGGCUUCCAUGCACGCCAUCUACAAGCAGAACGCCGCCGGCUUCAAGGACGAGUGCACCAAGCAGCUGGUGGGCAGCAUGGUCCUCACCCGCUACAACAACCGCACCUACCGCAUCGACGACAUCGACUGGGACAGGACCCCCCGGGACAGCUUCACGCUGGCCAGCGGCGAGGAGAUCACCUUCGUGGACUACUACAGCAAAACGUACGGGAUCACGGUGAGGGAGCUGGACCAGCCGCUGCUCGUUCACAGACCCAAGGAGAAGAGGAUGCCGGGGAGGAAGCCCCAGGUGGAGAUGAUCCUGCUGGUUCCAGAGCUCACCUUCCUGACCGGCGUCACGGAGAUCAAGAAGGACACCCGGAUGCUGAAGGACGUGAUGCGUGAGAUGCUGCAGAGCCCCCAGCAGCACUACGAGUGCCUCUGCAGCCUCCUACGCCGCAUCCAGGAGAGCCAGGAGGCCUCGCACGAGCUCAUGCGCUGGGGUCUGGUCCUGGCCCAGGACAUCCACAGGACCCAGGGACGCGUCCUGCCCACGGAGAGGAUCAACCUGAGGCACAGCUCCUUCUUCCCCGCCGAGGACCUGAGCUGGAGCAAGGAGGUGUCUCGGGAGGCCUCCAUCUCCACGGUUGCCAUGAACUACUGGCUGCUCGUCUACCCGCGGCGCCUCCAGGACCUGAUGAAGGAGCUGGUGGCUGCCAUGAAAAGCGUCUGCGGCCCCAUCGGCAUGCACGUCAACGCCCCAGCCCUGGUGGAGCUGAAGGACGACCGCAUCGAGACCUACGUCAGGACCAUCCGAGGCCUUUUGGGCAGCGAGGACAAGGUGCAGCUGCUGCUCUGCAUCACCAGCAAGAGCAAGGAGGAUUUGUACAGCGCCAUCAAGAAGCUGUGCUGCGUGCAGACCCCGGUGCCCUCGCAGGUCAUCAACGUGCAGUCCCUGACGGGCCAGUCCAGCAAGCUGAGGAGCAUCGUCCAGAAAGUUUUGCUGCAGAUCAACUGCAAGCUGGGGGGCGAGCUCUGGGGGAUCGACGUCCCCCUGAAGCAGCUGAUGGUCAUCGGGAUGGACGUCAGCCACGGCAGGGGGACGCGCUCCGUCAUCGGCUUCGUCGCCAGCGUCAACCAGGUCCUGACCAAGUGGUACUCGAGGGUGGUUUUCCAGAUGCCCCAGCAGGAGAUCGCCGACAGCCUGCGGCUCUGCCUGGCCGAUGCCCUGCAGUGCUUCCACGAGAUGAACCACUGCCUGCCCAAGAAGAUCGUGGUGUACCGGGACGGCGUCUCGGACGGGCAGCUGGACACGGUGGUGAAAUACGAGAUCCCCCAGCUGCAGAAAUGCUUCGACACCUUUGAGAAUUACCAGCCCAGCAUGGUGGUGGUGGUGGUGCAGAAGCAAAUCAGCACCAACUUCUACACCGACACCUCGGAGAGGCUGGCGUGCCCCCCGGCGGGGACGGUCAUCGACCACACCAUCACCAGUACGGAGUGGCAGGAUUUCUACCUGCUGGCUCACCGCGCCCGCCAGGGCUGCAGCGUCCCCACGCGCUACGUCUGCGUGCUCAACACGGCCAACCUCAGCCCCGAGCACCUGCAGAGGCUGACCUUCAAGCUGUGUCACCUCUACUGGAACUGGCCGGGCACCAUCCGCGUGCCGGCGCCCUGCAAGUACGCGCACAAGCUGGCGUUCCUGGCGGGGCAGGUGCUGCACCACGAGCCGGCCCCCCAGCUCUGCGACAGGCUCUUCUUCCUCUGAGCCCCCCCUCCGACCCCAAAAGGGGCUUCAGGGUUUGGUUUUGGGGUGGUUUUGUGUUUUUUUUUCCCCGCGCUGCUGAUUUUGUCCGUUCCUUUCCGUCGUUGCGCUCACGGCGCUCGUUUUGGGGGAGCUUCUUGUUUUGGGGUGAAAAAGGGGGGUUUUGGGCCACGCAGAGGCUCCAGACUCCGCUCUGCUUUCAGCCUUACUGGUGAGCACUGGGACGAACCACCCUGUUCCCAGUUUGGUGCUGGGCACCAACCCCCAACCUCCAUUUAUUUCCCUCGGCUCCUGCCUGUCCCCCCUGAAGCAGCUGCUGCUUUUUAAUAUUUUUCCCAAUUUCUUUAUUUUUUUCCUUCUUUUUGCUCCUCUUUAACAAAUCCCGUUCCAGUUCGGCUGCUUAACGCCCCCCCCUAUUUAAUUAAUUUAUUUAAUUUAUUUAUUUUGUUUAUUGUAUUUAUUUUAGUCUGUACCCAAAAUUUCAGCCACCUGGGCUGCUAGGAGAGCACCCAAAAAUAUCCCCAAAACCCCAAAUUUGAGCAUUUCAGCUCUUCCAGCCCCUCCCUUCCCGUGGCAGGAGCCUUUUGAGCCUGAAUUUGUUGGGAACCCCCCAAAAAACCCUCCUAAUUUCACCCUGAGCCUGCCUGACCGCCCCCCCUUUGAGCAAACAGGGGCAGGAUGAGAGCAGGCACCAGCCCCCCCUCCCCCAGCCUUCGUUCAGAGUUUGGAAAAGAGAAAAAAGGGAAAAAAAAAAAAAAAGAAAAAAAAAAAAGCUAUUUAUUUUUCCUUUUUUUGGCUGUAAUUGCAGGUUUCCCUUCAAUAAAGCUGUUCCUGGCAGCA